AGCAGCAAAGAGCAGCAGCGUCACACACUCACUGUGAGCAGUGUGGGUUGAAAGAGUCAGCACCAGGAGUUGUAGUAAAACAGAAGCAGACUUAAACCCGUCUUUUAAACAGAGCCUGUUUGAAAAUAGAACUUUCCGGAAAAGGCAGCAAACGCCGGUGAAAAGUCAGCGAACGUACAGACGGAAGAGGGGGCGUAGGUAAGCGGUCACCAUGGCUCCAUUCCUGCGUAUCUCUCUCAAUGCUUAUGACCUGGGUGUUUUGCCUGCUUCACCCGAGCCUCCCAUCUGUGCAGUCAAAAUGAAGGAGUCUGUCAGCACAGAGCGAGGAAAGACCUUAGUCCAGAGGAAGCCCACCAUGUAUCCACCAUGGAAAUCCUGUUUUGAUGCUCACAUCUAUGAGGGACGUGUGGUGGAAGUUGUCCUUAUGCAAAAGACCGAGGAGCCUCUGGCAAAGGCGACCGUCGGUGUGUGUGUACUGGCAGAACGUUGUAAGAAAGCCAAGUCUAAUGGACAUACAGAGUUCUGGGUGGACCUCAUGCCUUCUGGGAGGAUCCAGAUGGCUGUACAGUUUUUCCUGGAGGACAGUGAUGCAGCUCAGUUGAAGACCUCAUUGAAAGCACCUCCUGAGGAUGGCGCCACAACCCUCAACAGGAGAAGAGGAGCCUUCAGGCAACCUAAGGUUCACAACAUUAAGAACCAUGAGUUCAUCGCCACUUUCUUCGGCCAACCCACCUUCUGCUCCGUCUGCAGAGAUUUUCUCUGGGGCCUCAACAAGCAGGGCUACAAGUGCAGACAAUGCAAUGCUGCAAUCCACAAGAAAUGCAUCGAGAAGAUCAUUGGCAGAUGCACUGGAACGGCAGCCAACAGCCGAGACACUAUUUUCCAGAAAGAGCGUUUUAAGAUUGAUAUGCCACAUCGUUUUAAGAUCUACAACUACAAGAGCCCCACUUUCUGUGAACACUGUGGCAGCCUGCUGUGGGGUCUGUACAAACAAGGUCUAAAAUGUGAAGACUGUGGCAUGAACGUCCACAAAAACUGUCAGAACAAAGUGGCUAAUCUGUGUGGCAUCAACCAGAAACUGCUGGCAGAGGCGCUGUCUCAAGUUACAUCAAAAACAUCUGUGAAGAAGCCUGAUAACUCAGCAGAUAUUGGAAUCUACCAAGAUGUCCAAAGGCCAACAGUGGACCCUAGUGACAAUGAUAACAAUAAAGCACAAGAGGGUCCGACCUCGGCAGUGGCUGUCGCUCCAAAAAUACACCUCACCUUGAACCACCUUGUUUUCCACAAAGUACUGGGCAAAGGCAGCUUUGGGAAGGUGCUGCUGGCAGAGCUGAAGGGACAGAACCAGUACUUUGCUGUGAAGGUUCUGAAGAAGGAUGUGGUUCUGAUGGAUGAUGAUGUGGAGUGCACCAUGGUGGAAAAGAGAGUCCUGGCCCUGGCUUGGGAGAACCCCUUCCUCACACACCUCUACUCCACAUUUCAGUCUAAAGAACAUCUCUUCUUUGUAAUGGAGUACCUGAAUGGAGGUGAUUUAAUGUUCCACAUCCAAGACAAAGGACGCUUUGAUCUAAACAGAGCCACAUUCUAUGCUGCUGAGAUCAUAGUGGGCCUACAGUUCCUCCACUCUAAAGGAAUCAUUUAUAGAGAUCUGAAGCUUGACAAUGUGAUGCUGGACAAGGACGGCCACAUUAAGAUAGCAGACUUUGGCAUGUGCAAAGAGAAGGUUUUCGGAGAAGCCAGAGCAACCACAUUCUGUGGAACUCCUGACUACAUUGCACCAGAGAUCCUGUUGGGACAAAAGUACACCUUCUCAGUGGACUGGUGGUCUUUCGGUGUGCUAGUGUACGAGAUGCUGAUUGGUCAGUCACCUUUCCAAGGCGACGACGAAGAUGAGCUGUUUGAGUCCAUCAGAACAGACACCCCUCACUACCCUCGCUGGAUCACCAAGGAAUCCAAGGCCCUACUGGAAUUGCUGUUUGAGCGGGAGCCCAGUCGCAGGUUGGGUGUCGUUGGAGACAUACGUGCACAGAACUUCUUCAAAACAAUCAACUGGCCAGCACUGGAAAAGAGAGAAGUGACUCCGCCUUUCAAACCCAAAGUGAAAUCUGCUAGUGACUGCAGCAACUUUGAUAGAGAGUUCCUGAGCGAGAAACCUCGACUGUCGCACGCUGACAAGAACCUCAUCGACUCCAUGGACCAGGCGGCGUUCGCCGGCUUCUCCUUUGUGAACCCCAGGCUGGAGGAGAUGAUGAGCAAAUAAACAAUCCAGCGAGGUUUUGCUGAGAAAACUCAGUGACUGCUGCCAUAUUUGUCUUCACCGAGAUCAGCUGGACGGAUUAAGACAGGAUCAGAGAAGAUCUGGGCUGUUUCUUUUGACUCUAUCCUGUUCCCUCUGUCGGAGGAGCAACAGAUUAAACAAUAUUCACAUGUUAGCUGGUGUCUCAAGCUCCAGGAAAUGAAGUAAGUUUCUUAAGAAACCAGUGAUUAUUCAAAGCUGGGGCUGCUGGUCAUUGAAACUAGGGAUGUCUGAUAUUAGCAGAUUUUGUAAUAUCUGUGAGAAUCGUUAUUGGUUUUUCCUCCGAUAAUGAAAACCUGAAACCUCAACACUUAACUUCCACCACCACCGCCCUGCUAUAUCAGUAUUGGUUGAUAUCGGAAAUCAAGUGUUUAGGCAAUAUCAGCAUAUCAGAUAUCGGCAAAAAGUUAAUAUCGGACAUUCCUUGUUUAAACUAUAUGUAAAUUAAUUUACUAGCAAAUGGUUUCUGAUUAGUAGGAAACAAAUGUCUGUUCAUACACAACACUGUGCUUUAAUCCCUCUGUGUAUGUGUAUGUCAUCUGUUCGUGUGUGUGAGUGAAGGUAUUUUCUUAAAUGCAAAUGACAUUGUGUCGGCCUUUGUUCAGGCAUUAUGGUCUGUAAAGAAAAGGGAGGGGUUUGGUUGACUUGGACUUCCAAGUACUGGAACACCACUAAGAACAACAAUAAAUUACAGCAGCACUGGCCUAUGCUUGUUAGCUUAGCAUAGUAUAUGCAGGAUAUUAAUUUAAUAUAAGAUUUUUAGUCUAAGUACUAGCCAAACACACUCUGUACAAUGUAGUAUCACUACAGCUGGUACUUGCAGUCAUUUCUAAAACAACACACGCACAGGAGAGCUUGUCAUGUUCAAAUGUUUCCUCUGAUUCCCUCUUCAUUUUAUGAUAGUUCCCUUUCAGAUUCCUCUAAAGAGCACAAGAGAGAACCCAUGUACCACCACUAGCCUGCAUACCAUACAGUAUAUUUAACGAAUACCUGUACUGGUGCACACAAACACUGGCAUCCAGAAACAAAAACAAAAAAACAUUCUGUAAGACAGAGGACCACAUUUUACAACAUUUUUAUCUUUUAAUAUUAUCUAAUUCUUAACUUUUUUUAAAAGUUACAAUAAAACACUUUUCUGAGAAAAAUAUUGUUUUUUUACUAUUUUACUAGAGUAAUGACAAAUAAUGACCGAAAUUAAUUUUACAAUUACUUUUAGUAAUUUUAUAAGCCAGCAUUCAGAAAUUUAAAUUUUAAAAUCUAGUGCAAAUGCCCCAGCGGUGGGGCAGUGGUUAAGGAAGUAAAGUGCCUGCCGCCUGCCUGAUUAUCAAAGUACAGUGACUAGAGGCUGUUUAUCAUUGAUAAUGUUCUGUUCCUCAGUUAUGAAGGAGUUAACAGUUACGGGUAUGGGAGGGGAUUGAGGAGGUGUGGUGUGAGUGUGUGUGUUUGAGGAAGAGAGAAUGCGGAGAGUGUGAGAGGAGAGUUUAGAAGGGGUUACUGCGGUUGUGUUUCACUAAAAGUUCUUCAGAGCACUGAGACAUCUGACU